AUGCCUGUCGCGGACAGAGACCGAAUCAGUGGAGAAGCGGUUGAUGAGGCUAUAGCAACUGAAGUGGCCUGCCUAUGUGCGCAGCCCCGCAAGAACAGGUGUGUUGCACUGUUGACAGGUGAUGUGGAUUUCUGUAGUCUUGUUCAGCACGCAAGAGACUGCGGGCUGGAUACGGUAAUUGUGGUCCCCAAGCACGCGCGCGGUCCGAUUCCGAAAUUCAAGGCAGCCGGAGCUAAAGUUGUGGUUCUGAACCCAGUUGCGGAUGUCAGCCCGAGAGUAAGGGCCGUGCUUCACAAGAACGGUGAAGGAACUGUGCAGCUUGCUGAACCCUUUGAAUAUUCAUUCGACAGAGAUGACAAGCUGGAGAUCACUGCAGAUUUCUUCCAAGAGCUACGCUACUUCAGUGACCAAGCCUACCUAGCCAAGUUUUGGUAUGCACAGAAGCUGGGGUCAUUGACCGUCUUUCCAGGGCAACGCACCAACCUUACGGCUUUGAAGUUCACCGCUGCCGCUGACCGGGUGUCAGCCUUCACCAAGUAUGACGGCAAUCUUGCUUUCUUCCUGCCAGUCACCGCGAAGGUAACAAAAGCGAUGCCAGCAAAUUUGGUAGCUCCCAUGCCCGAGCUGUCUACCCAGGUUCUCAGCAAGUUGCAGUACUUAGAUUCGAAUCUGAAUGCUUCGCUGGCGGAAGCAAUGUUGACCUUUGUGAAUGUUACCGACAACAAAAAGACUCUCCGAAGGCUAGAGGUGCUGCCAGGGCCCAGCGAUACAGUGGUGGAAGUGGAAGACAAGCUCCGAUUUGCGUUCUUAUCUAAUUGCUCGGACGGUGAAUGGCGCGCAGCACCAAAGGAUGGAGAGGUCCGAAAGCUCUUGAGCAAGCACGGGCUUCUGAUUGCCGAAACGGCCUCAGAUGCUCAGGUUCUCAAAUCGAUGCAAAAGUUUGCAAGAAAACAUGGCUUGCCCUCCAUGCAAAGCUAUCACGGCCUCGUUUUUCGGAUCAUGCAGUUCAUGUAUGCAUCAGAUCCAACCAGAACGCAGCCUGUCGAGUUCAAGAGUUGA